AUGGCAACUACGCGUUUCAGGCUCGUUUUCCGCGCUCCGUUGUGCUCGGUCGAUGCGUGCAAGCAGGCUAUAUUUCAGGCAGGAGCAGGGAAAUACAAAGAAUAUUCCGAGUGCUGUUUUACGGUCGUUGGGACAGGCCAAUUCCGACCCGGUGACGCCGCCAACCCUCACAUCGGCCGAGUGGGAAACCUUGAGAACGUGGAAGAGGCAAGGGUCGAAACGGUGUGUAUUGCUAGUGCCCAUCCUUACGAGGAGCCUUUAUACGAGGUUUACAAACUCGAAGACUAUUAA